GUUUAUAAACCGUACUCACGGAUUAUUAAACUGUUCCCUCAGUUUUACAAACCGUGCGCUCGGAUUAAUAAACCGUACGCACGAGUUAACAAUCCGUGCUCUCAGAUUUGUAAACCGUACCCUCAGUUUUUGCAAUCCGUACCCACGAAUUCAUAAACCAUGCGCACGCUUUCGCAAUCCGUACCCACGGUUUUGCAAACUGUACUCACAGAUUUGUAGCCCCUCCCUCAUUUUAGAAAUCUGUAGUCCACAAGCACGAAAACAGCUCUCCGCACACAAACUUGAUUGAUUUAAAAUGGAGAAUUUCCUUAAUUUUCUAAAAUAUGAUAGAGAGUUGGAUGACCAUACUGUGUCAACUUUUCAAGAGGAGAAGGUAAAAACAAAUACAAUACGAAUUAUGCUCAUAUUCUUUUAUUUAGUCUUUGGCUGAAUGGAAUUAAGAAUUAUAGUUAUUUAAUAAUAACAUAUUAACCAAAUAAGUCUUUAAAUAAUUUUAUGAAAUUGCAUAACUAUUAAAAAUUGCAUGCUACUUUUAAAUGUACGAAUGAAAGUAAAAUCUGAUUAAAAUAUUACUUUAAUAUUACGUACAACGUAAAGCACAUUCAGGUUGGGAAAGUGUAAACAGAGUAAAAACUUCAGUAAUUCCUGAAAAUAUCCAACAGGAAUGGGAAGCAUGGAAAGCACGAUUAAAAGCGACAAAGCGAAACUGCGCCAUCUUUUGGGCAUAUCAUCAAAAUACAUAUUAAAAUAAACAAGUUAUCUAGAAAUGUAAAAUCGUAAUUACCAUUCCAAACCUAACCUCCAAAUUGCUUCUGCAGAACACAAAAGAUGAUAUAAUAAAUAUUAGUAACCCAAACAACAUUGGUGCCUGGUUUCAUUGAAAUUAUGAAUAUAAACACUGCUGGUGUUUAUAUGAGUAACAACAGACCUGGUGAUACCUAUAUAAUAUAUAUACACACCAGCAGUGUUGAUUUAACACUGGGGAUUUUGCUGGGAACACUAAACCAUUUCUUAAAAUAUCUUCUUUUGUGUACCACAGAAGAAAGUCAAUUAGGCUACAUGUUUUAAACAACACAAGCGUCAUUAACCCUUUAAAACAUAUAUUAAACUUUUGCUGGCUGAUUAUCUUGCAACAUUAACACAAGGUUUUUUUCCUCUUUUAGAUUGACUGCAAUGCAGUCAAUAGUAUGUCAGAUGAACAGCUUUUGAGAAUUGUCCCCAGAUUUGGAGACCGGAUAGCAAUAAGACAGUACUGCAAAAGAGAAGUAGCUGCAUUAGAAGGAAACAGCACUACAUUGUCUAAAGCCACAGAAAACCUCAUGUCAAAAUUGCAAGAAAAGCGGGCCUUCAAGAGAAAGCAUGGUGAUAAUCGUUCAGAAAAACUCAGUGGAAACUCAAAUGCCCAAAAAACAGAGCAAAGUUACCAAAUGGGACUGUUUGAAGAGAUCCGUGGCUCCUUUAUCCAGAUCAAAGAAAAGCGUGGUGGUGGAACCAGGCAUUUAAAAGCUUUGAAGAGUGCUACCAUGGCAGAACUGUUAGAGUGUGGCAAGGAGCUGUUCUUUCCAAAUGGGAAAAAUAAACUAGGAGAUAUAACUGAAUUUGAGUUGAAAUUGAGAGACUUCACAGAAGAAGAACUACACCCGCAGACAACAUUAGGUGAACAAUAUGAACUGAGGAAGGUAAAGAUGCUGAGACUGUAUCUAUCUUGCAAGAGGAUAGACACAACUCCAAGUACAAGCAAAAACACAGUAGAUGAAUUUGCAGCUGAACAAGGUCCUUCUACAUCUGCUGAGGCAUGUGAAUGUGAGGAAGAACUUGUUGUCAUAACUGAGAACAACAGUUCCAUAACUGAUUCACCUUUGUUGUCGGACAACAGUGUAAUGUUGAUUGAACCAGGGACUAUGAAUGUAAUACAAAGCUCAAUUUUAGUUGAUGAAGAAAUUCAGUUUGGAUAUGCAGUUUUAGAAGACGGUAUGCUUGAUGACACUCUACCAAUGGACCCCACUGAAAUAGUGCAAGACAAGUUACAAACCACAAAGUUAAGACUUCGCAGGGGAAACAUUUUCCAAGAUCUUAAUGCAGCUUUUAAGGAUGGCUUAGUAUCUGUCAAUGAUUGUCUUGUAGAAAUUGAGAUGGUCCUACCUAAUGGUAGCACAGAGAAAGGAGAAGACAAUGGUGGAAUUUUUAGAGAUGCAUUGAGUGAGUAUUGGGGUACAUUCAUCAUGAAAUGUACAUCAGGAAACACACUAAAAGUACCCAUGACAAGGCAUGAUAUGAAAGAUGAAUGGGAAAAUGUAGCUAAAGUGAUGGUUCUUGGUUAUAACACUGUCCAAUACUUUCCCAUUGUGCUGGCCAAGCCUUUUCUGUGUUAUUGUCUUGGACUUAACAUUGAGGAGGAUGAGCUCUUUACAGCCUUUCUGGAGAUAGUUUCUCCAGAGGAAAAGCAGCUUGUUGAAGAAGCAAUGAGAGACUUUACAUCUGUCUCUGAACGAGAAGAAUGGGUUGAAUUCUUGGAAGCUCAUGAUGUGAAACUUUUUAUCACUGAGAAUAAUGUCAAGCAGAUCUUACUUGAUGUCGCACACAAAGAAAUUGUGCAAGAUCCAGCUUACAUAGCAGAAUGUUGGAGUCCGGUGUUAAAAAAACUAAAGCUACCUCCAGGGGGACUAAAUGAAUUGAUGAUGAGCCUCACUCCAACAGCAAGAAAAGUUAUAGGCAUAUUACAACAUGAAACACUCAAUAACAGAGAAUGCCAGAUUAUGGAUUAUCUAAAGAGGUUCAUCAAGCACUGUAGUGAUGUUCGGCUCAGGAAAUUUCUGCGUUUCUGCACAGGAGCUGACCUCCUUGUUGCAAGGUUUAUUCAUGUCCGAUUUGUGCAGCCACAAAGUUCCUUCACAAGAUCUCCCCAGUCCCACACCUGUGGAUGUGUGUUAGAAGUUCCAAACAAUUAUACUUCAUACCCUGAGCUUGCAGAGGAGUUCAUAAAUAUCCUUGAUGCAAACAUAUGGGUGAUGGAUAUUGUGUAAAGGUGGUCAGACAGUAUGUGCAGCAGGAUACGACUGUUUCUUUGUCUCAUUCACAGUCUCCAUCUCACACUCAGUUUCCUGACAUAAACUUAUUUUUGUUGUUAUUUUUGUUAUCCUGCACAUCAAGAUAAUGUUUCAUAAAAGCUCAGAUGUUCUUACAGCAGUGUUACAAUGUGGCAUAUGUGUUACAAACUACAAAGCACAUACAGAUUCACAUUUAGUUUUAAUGUAGGCCUACUCAGGUUUUCAAAAUGUAUACUGUCUUAAUAGAAUUCUGCAAUACAGUACAUUGUAAAAAAAGUUUCAUGUUUGAAAUGUUGAAAUUUUAUUCAUUAGAAGUUCAUUAAUUAGAAACUGAAUACAGUUUUCAAAAAUAAAGAAAAAGAAAAAAG